ACUUAGGCCUUGACUUUUCACUUUUCAGAUUCUGAGCAGAGCACUGGGUCGGACUCCGAGGUGCUCACUGAGCGGACCUCCUGCUCCUUCAGCACUCACACUGACCUGGCUUCUGGUGGUGCAGGCCCAGUGCCUGCUGCCAUGUCUACCAUGGAGGAGAUUCAGGUAGAGUUACAAUGUGCUGAUCUCUGGAAGAGGUUCCAUGAUAUUGGAACGGAGAUGAUCAUCACCAAAGCAGGCAGGAGGAUGUUUCCUGCCAUGAGAGUGAAAAUCACUGGCCUAGAUCCACACCAGCAAUACUACAUAGCAAUGGACAUUGUGCCAGUGGACAAUAAAAGAUACAGAUAUGUGUAUCAUAGCUCCAAGUGGAUGGUGGCUGGCAAUGCUGACUCCCCUGUGCCUCCAAGGGUUUAUAUACACCCGGAUUCCCUAGCUUCUGGAGACACCUGGAUGAGGCAGGUGGUUAGUUUCGACAAACUCAAGCUGACCAACAACGAACUGGAUGAUCAAGGACAUAUCAUUCUGCACUCUAUGCAUAAAUACCAGCCUCGAGUCCAUGUGAUCCGCAAAGACUUCAGCAGCGAUCUUUCACCCACCAAACCUGUGCCCAUAGGGGAUGGGGUGAAAACAUUCAACUUUCCUGAGACUGUGUUCACCACAGUCACAGCCUAUCAGAACCAGCAGAUCACCAGAUUGAAAAUUGACCGAAACCCCUUUGCUAAAGGAUUCAGAGAUUCUGGAAGAAACAGAACUGGACUUGAAGCCAUCAUGGAGACAUAUGCAUUCUGGAGACCUCCUGUACGCACACUGACUUUUGAGGACUUCACCACCAUGCAAAAGCAACAAGGGGGCAGUACAGGUACUUCCCCAACCACCUCCAGCACUGGGACACCGUCCCCUUCGGCUUCUUCUCAUCUCUUAUCUCCAUCCUGUUCUCCUCCAACUUUUCAUUUGGCCCCCAAUACUUUCAACGUGGGCUGUCGAGAAAGCCAGCUGUGUAAUCUAAACCUCUCUGAUUAUCCACCAUGUGCCCGAAGCAACAUGGCUGCCUUACAGAGCUAUCCAGGGCUGAGUGACAGUGGCUACAACCGGCUCCAGAGUGGCACGGCUUCAGCCACUCAGCCCUCCGAAACCUUCAUGCCUCAGAGGACUCCAUCUCUGAUCUCAGGAAUACCAACGCCUCCCUCGUUGCCUAGCAACAGCAAGAUGGAAGCCUAUGGUGGCCAGUUGGGGUCCUUCCCCACUUCCCAAUUUCAGUAUGUCAUGCAGGCAGGCAAUGCAGCCUCCAGUUCCUCAUCACCACACAUGUUUGGUGGUAGCCACAUGCAGCAGAGCUCCUACAAUGCCUUCUCCCUUCACAAUCCCUACAAUCUGUAUGGAUACAAUUUCCCCACCUCCCCCAGGCUAGCUGCAAGCCCAGAAAAACUGAGCGCAUCUCAAAGCACUUUACUCUGUUCUUCUCCCUCCAAUGGGGCCUUUGGAGAGAGGCAGUACCUGCCCACGGGAAUGGAGCAUGGCAUGCACAUGCUCAGCCCUUCAGCUAAUAAUCAGCAGGCUACCAACACCUGUGAUGGCCGGCAGUAUGGGGCAGUCCCUGGCUCCUCCUCCCAGAUGUCAGUACACAUGGUUUAAAGAGCAGUCCAAACUCCAUGGAGGUGAUGGCAGUCAAGACUCCAGAAUCUCUGUGGGUGGGUCUUCCUCUGGGAACCCUGUGCCUUGGGAAUAUAGGAAUUGUGCAUUUGUUUUUGUUUUUGUUUUUGUUUUUUCUGGAUAAGGAAAACAGAGAACACCCAUAAAUACCACUGAAGGAUCCUUGGAGUGCAUCAUCCAUAACUCAGUGGUCAUUCUUCUGCCUUCCAAAAACUCUUAGUUUUAUAAAAGCAUUGUGUAUGACAGAGUGGCCUUGAAGAGACUGAACAAUCAUUUUAUAAUAAUGUUGAAGGAGAUGCUAACAUGUAGCAGCCAAGAAAAUUACACAUACAUACAUAACAGACAUACAAACAUACAUACAUACAUACAUACAUACAUGAAUUUAUUCAUGCACACACAUCACACAUGCUUACACAAAGUAAUACAAAUACAAACAUUCUACACACUGACUCUUAACUGGGUGAACUCUAUGAAAGGAGGCCCAGAGUGGGUGCUUUCACCAAAAAUUUGUCUGCCCUAGAUGGAUUGGGUCAUCAUUAGCCAUUAGCCUUUCUCCCUUGCAGCUUACCAUGUUUCUGGAAUGAACCGUUCUAGUGUACCCUACAACCUCUCCACAUCACUGGUGGAAAGACAUCAGUGGUACAACUGGACUUGGCUUCCUGAGAAAGAUUGCUGUUAAACUUUUGCCUCUCUUCAUACGGCAUGCCAUCACUGAUGUUCUAAUGGUGUCUGUGGAAGGACAGGGUGAGAAAAGCUGGGAGAGAGAAAGAGAAUUGAGAGCAGGAGAGAGUGGACAGCAAGACUGAGAAGAUGUGAACAAAUGAGGAGAAUUAAUUCACCAAGGAGAAUUGUUUGGGUUUGUUUAGCCCCUAAAGUUAUAGAAAGAAUGUGUUAUUGGAGAUUAAGCCUCUUUGGGACCCAGCUUAUAGUCAAGGGUACCAAUGAAAAGGGCUAGGACAAGAAAUGCUUGAUUCCACAGCUCUGACGGUAACGGCCCAGGAGAGAGUAGUGCUGCUCCAUGGCAUGCACCCCAGCAUGAUGAGGGAAACGGAUCUGGAGAAUGAAGAAUGAUUUUAUCUCCCACGUGAUACCAAAAACAGUCGUGGAAGACAGGCUUGGCCUCAAAUCCAAAGCACUGACCUGGACAAUAUGUCCCUGGUCCUAUGCAAGAGAAACCCUAACACACCAGAGAGAAUUGUGGAUGGGUCUUCUUACCCCCUUUCUACCUGCCUGUAGCUCUCCAUUUUGAUCAAAUAGUUCAUUGCAUUCUGAAGUUUGGGGAUUAUGUUUUCUUUCCUCUUCCUUUCAAAUCCUUUAAUGAUAAGAAAACAAGUGAAGCUUGCUGCAAGCUAAAAUUUUUAAAUGAUGUGGAAACGCAAAUGAUACCAAGUAAGAGAAUACAGAUAUUAUUAAGAAUUUUUUUUUUUUGGUUUUGAGGUGUUGUAGAUAAAUGUAUUUAUAUGCCUAGUGGGGUAUUCAAUAUUAUGAAUAUUAAAAAGGGGGCAAUAAAAGGGUAUGUAAAAUAUGUAUGAAGAAAAGGUGUAUAAAAGUUUGCCCUUAAGCACGGAACUGUUUCUGAGUGCCAAGCACAGAAAGCCGCUAAAUAAAAUCUUUGCAAUUGUUU